GGCCGGCGGGACAGCCAGAGCAAAGUUAGUUUCGCCCCCACCCCUGCAGCCAGCUGGGGCUGCUUUCUCGCAACAAGUGACAGAGCAGGGCAGCUGCUGGGUCAGAAAGAGCUUGAACCCUCUAUCUCUCUGGCUCUGCCAUGCACCAGCUGCGUGACGCUGGGCUUGUCCCCGCACCCUGCUCCGGACCGCUCGGGUUCCAGUAGGAGGAAGUUGAUCCAAGUGAACUCCAAGGUCCUGUUGCACGUUCUCACCAAAACCCCGGAAGUACUUGUCUUCUGAGAAGCCACUCCAGAAAAUACUGCUGUGGUCCAAGCCCAUCACUGCACAGGGAGCACCAGAAUCUGCAGGAUGGGGGCGGCCUGUAUCAAGGUCACCAAAUACUUUCUCUUCCUCUUCAACUUGCUCUUCUUUAUCCUGGGUGCCGUAAUCCUGGGCUUCGGGGUGUGGAUCCUAGCUGACAGGAGCAGCUUCAUCUCAGUCCUGCAAACCUCCUCCAGCUCACUGCAGGUGGCAGCCUAUGUCUUUAUCACCGUGGGUGCUGUCACCAUGCUCAUGGGUUUCCUUGGCUGCAUUGGUGCCGUCAAUGAGGUCCGCUGCCUGCUGGGCCUGUAUUUUGCCUUCCUCCUGCUGCUCCUCAUCGCCCAGGUGACCGCUGGAGUCGUCUUCUACUUCAAUGCAGGCCAGCUGAAGGAGGAGAUGGGCAAUGUGGUGGUGGAGCUUAUCCGGAACUACUCCAACACCAGUGCCAGCGGUGAGGACAGCCUGCAGGAGGCCUGGGACUACGUGCAGAUGCAGGUGAAGUGCUGUGGCUGGGUGAGCUUCUCCAACUGGACAGACAACGCGGAGCUCAUGAACCACACCGAUGUCACCUAUCCCUGCUCCUGCGAGGUCACGGAGGAUGAGGAUACCACGUUCCUUCUGAGGAAGGGUUUCUGCCAAGCCCCUGGCAACAGCACCCAGGGCAGCAAUGACCCCGAGGAGUGGCCUGUGUACAGGGAGGGCUGCAUGGAGAAGGUGCAGGCAUGGCUGCAGGAGAACCUGGGCACCAUCCUUGGUGUGUGUGUGAGCAUCGCUGUCACCGAGCUCCUGGGGAUGCUUCUGUCCAUCUGUCUGUGCCGGCACAUCCAUUCUGAAGACUACAGCAAGGUCCCCAAGUACUGAGGCUCCUGCUGUCCCCCACCUCCCUGCCAUCUCCCACCUGGACCUCCCAGGGGGCUCCCUAGCUCCCUCCUCCAGGCCUGCCUCCCACCUCACUGUCAGGCCCCUUGCCUGUCCUGAACUGGCUGGACCCCUCUCCCCACUGCCAGGCUAGAGCCCUGGAGGUCCUGUGGCCCUGCCCCUCUCUGCCCCCCAGGGGUCUCUUGGCAGCUCAGUAUGGCUCCCUGCCUUGGUAUCCCUCACAGGCAGGAUGGCUGGAUCUCCACCUACCCUGGAGGUUGUGCAUAUGCUAUAGAGAAAGGUGUAUGAAACCCCCAGGGGAAGCAUGGAUCAUAUCCCAAGGCUGUCAGGGGACUGAUCCCUGGUUGGGUCAAAUUCUUCCUACUAUGAUGCUUACAGCUUUGGUUUUUCACAUUUUUAUGGAUGGUAAUAUGAGAUGGUGGGUGAUGUCCCUUUCCCAGGCCUGACACAGCCCUUCCAGGCAGCUCAGCUCUGCCCAGACCACCCUGUGGGCAGUACCUAAUGAGUUCCAUGUGGGUAGAGAGUCACAGUCCCCCUCGGUGUGGCACAGAGCUGGCCCUGCAUUCUCCAGGAUCCUAAGCUGUCUGGGGACCAGAGGAGGAGAAGCUGGACUGGUCUUUCUCAGCAGCUGUCCCUUGUCCCAUGAGGCAGUAGGUGGGUAAGGCUGUGCCUUUCGGGGGCAGGAGGGUAUCUGUGCUCUGCUCUGUAAACGCAUUCAGACUUGAAGGCUGACUAUUAAAGAGGUUUGUAACAACCGGGCCUGUAGUG